UGGGAAUUAACACGCGACAAUGGUUAGUAAAUGAAUCCACUUGCCAGCGGAGCUCCUUGCAUCGAUCAUCUCUCCUUUUAAGAUACGAUUGACUGGAACAGAUGCUUACAUGAUCCAGGCCAUGCCAGCGGGUUAUAAGCCAUCACCUCUAGGAUACGGCUCUCCUCGAAGUUCUCCUUUCCGCAGACCGGAAUCCCCUGCGUCACCCACGACGCCCAGGUUUACAACAACGCCAACACAGUCACCGACGAAAGUUGGCAACGUGCAUACCCCUUCGAGAUUUGCUGCCACAGUAGAGUCGCCUACAAGCAGCACGGACAGCUAUACUCCCCGUGGACAGGUCCAGACGAACGAGAUGCCGCUUCCCCACUCUCUCGCUUCUCCAGCGCAUAUAUCCUCGUCACGUCCACAAGCACCGUUACAGGGGAACGCACUUUCGCAAUUACAACCAGCGCAGCUCCGCGUUCUAAGGGAUGGGUUCCAAAUUUUGGAUAGAGACAGUGAUGGGGUCGUAAAUAGGGAAGACGUCGCAGACAUGCUCAACCAGCUAGGACUGCCUUCUGGCCCAUCCGACAUAUCACAGUUCUUCCCGCCAGGGGGACCGCAGACCACGACCCUUGCAGUAUUCCUCAAUUCGAUAGCUUCGACAUUGGCCGCGAUGUCGCCCAGCGUGGAGCUCCUGUCUGCCUUUUCCGCCUUCGACGACGAUGACAGUGGCCAGGUAGACCUUAACGAGCUCCGAGAUGCGCUACUGCAUACCGCGCCGGAGCCAGGAGAGAGGGCUCUGACGCCGUUGGAGGUUGACAAGAUCAUGGUUGGAUUCAGUGGUAGAAGGGCUUUCAGCAAGAACAGCAUGGCUGGCGGUCUCGGCAAACGCGGCGAGGUUUUCAAGUACCAGGAGUUCGUGAAUUCCAUCGUCGGCGGAAACGGAUCGUCAGAGCCUACUUCCCACGAAAACUCCGAGGGAUGAGGUCGUAUUGGCGAGAGGACCUUGUAUAAUCUAUGUGGAAUUUUUGGAAUCAGGGGCUUCAUCCAAAGGUUUAUGGGGACAAGGGCUUAGGGAACGUAUGCCCUGGUGCUAAGGAGUUUGAGUGGACAAGUACGGUAAAGGUUCAUUGCUAUUAGUCUGCGAACAACCCGGAUUAAUAUGGCUUUCUUCGUAUUGCAGGACUUAGAUAUCUAGGUACCUAUGUUGGUGGUUGUUGAUGGUCCCCCUUGGGAUCCCAAAGAACACAGUCCCAACAUGGUUGAACUAAUUAAUAUACUGACCGAUAUAUGGUCUAUCAAAAAGCUAUUUGGAAUACGAAUCUAAUUAUAUAGGCUGAGGUUGCCAUUCGCCAAGCACUCCAUGCUGUUACGAUACUGUACAAUCAUCCAUCGGAACAUUACCAAAGAAUUGGAGUUACAUGAGUAGUGUUGAUAAGGUAUGCAGAGACGGAACAAUGUUGUCCAUGUUUGGAUUACCUAUAACUUCAAAUUAUCCCCGUAUAUUCGUGUCAAACAACACUAACAAAUUUACUUGCAAAUAUUUACAAAAAGGAGGUGAUACAUACAUAGGUUACUGAGCAAACAAUAUGGGGAUGAAAAUCAUCACUUUACAUCAAUAUCAAGGACCGACGAUGUUACAAACUUACCCUUCGAUUACUAAAUGUGGUUUGCUGCUUAUACGGUUGUAGUACAAACAGCGUUAAACGUUAUCAAUCAA